CCUUCCCCCUUCCCCAGGAGUGGUUUUUCUCCUUAGUUUCAAAACAAUGUGUGAAACCCUUGCUCUGCAGAAAGGGUAGCCUCUGUAAGUUUAAGGAUGACUGAAGCUAUUUCUCCUCCCGGGGAGGUUUAAAAGCUAGGGAGGGAUGAAGGGGGUUAGAGCUAGCGCUGCAUUUGGAGCAGCCAUCCUGUUACGGCGCUGAGUAAAAGCAGGAAUGGCACGUCCAGCUUAGGUUAAUAAACCCUCCCGAGUGCAUGCCUUAAAAGCACGACGAAACAGCCUUAAGUCAGCUCGAGAUAACUAAUUUUCAAGCAUGGCUGUCUAGUGUGCCUGUCAUUCCUAUUGUCCUCCCAAACUAUUUCAGACAUUUUGAGCAGGGAGAACUAAGCUAUGAGUUAGCAGAGGUGGUGACAUUAAGGGUCCAAAAAGGUUCCAAGCACCGUGAGGGAAGGAUGACAGCGCUUAACAACUGGUGGCAGUUUGGAGGAUUCGGCUGGAUCUCUGUUUAUUCCUAAUUAGGCUUCGCCUGGGAGGAAGAUGUGACAACUCUCGGAGGUCCUUCCAACGUCCCACCGCAGCGAGCAAAGCCAACACUGGGCAACCCUCUAAAAUGUUUAUUUGGACCAGUGGCCGGGGUUCUACAUCUUACAGACAUGAUGAGAAAAGAAAUAUUUACCAAAAAAUCAGGGAUCACGACCUACUGGACAAAAGGAAAACAGUCACCGCCCUAAAAGCCGGAGAAGACCGGGCCAUACUCCUGGGGCUGGCCAUGAUGGUGUGCUCUAUCAUGAUGUUCUUCCUCCUGGGAAUCACCCUGCUGCGGUCUUACAUGCAAAGUGUCUGGACAGAAGAGGGUCAGUGCUCGCUUCUCAACGCAUCCAUCACGGAAACCUUCAACUGCUCAUUUAGCUGCGGUCCAGACUGCUGGAAAAUCUCUCAGUACCCCUGCCUCCAGGUGUACGUUAAUCUCACCUCUUCUGGCCAGAAGCUUCUGCUCUACCACAAUGAGGAAACAAUGAAAAUUAAUUCCGAGUGUUCCUACAUACCCAAGUGCGGCAAGAAUUACGAGGAAUCCAUGUCACUGGUGAACGUCGUGAUGGAAAACUUCAGAAAAUACCAACGCUUCUCCUGCUUCUACGACCCUGAAGGCGUGCAGAAGAACGUGAUAUUAACCAAACUGUACAGCUCCAACGUGCUGUUCCACUCCCUCUUCUGGCCCACCUGCAUGAUGAUUGGCGGGGUGGCCAUCGUCGCCAUGGUCAAGCUGACUCAGUACCUUUCCCUCCUCUGCGAGAGAAUCCAAAGGAUCAACAGAUAAAAAAAAAAACGAAGACUUGUCUGAGAUUCGAUUACAGCUAAAAUACUGUUUUCUCAUUCUUCACCAAAGAACCUUAAGUUUGUAAUGUGCGAGUCUGUUCUAAGUUCCUUACUAUAUUCUUAUAAGUAGAGCAAUAAUGCAAAAGCUGUCCUAUAUGCAAACAUGAUGUUAUUAUUAUGCAGACAACAGAAAAAAAAUUAACGUUUUGUGUUGACCGUCUAUAUGAUCUUAUUUUAUGCUGAGACUAGUCCUUCUUUCUUUUCUACGGCCAAAAUAGGGCUCAGUGUGACCAUUUGCCAAGCUUAACCAAUUGACAUUUUACAACGUAACCAAUUCUGGAGAAAAUUCACCCCUGGGCAAAGGGCCGCCGACCCCUCGUGCAUCACUGAGGUCUCACAUCUGGCUUGGGCCAUCCGAUGGAUUUGUGGUUUGGCUUUUUUUAAGGUUGGCUACAGGGAGGAGGGGGAAGUCAUUGAAAAGGUUUUGGUGUGUUUUUUUUCUGAUAAGGUGGCACAAAAGGGAUAUAUUUUGAGGCCAGGAUAAGCACACAGUAUUUUCAGCCUAAGAAGGACUUGGUGAUGCCUCAUGUUUGCUCCCCCAGUUCAGAAGUAAAUUUUACCCUAUGAUGUUUAAGGUCUUUUGGAAAACACUUUGCAGUUUUAUUUUAUUUCGUGCUAUAAUUUCCUUCUCUCUUCUCAAC